GUUGAUUCGUCGAACCUUAAUCCUCAGGAAUUUUGGAACUAUGGAGUUCAGUUAGUUACAUUGAACUACCAAACUCCUGGCCUUAUGAUGGAUUUGCAGGAGGGCAAAUUUUCCGAAAACGGUGGAUGCGGAUAUUUGUUGAAGCCGUCGAUGAUGCGAGAUGAUCUCUUUACGCCUGGCGAUAAGUUGCCUUUUGCGCCACAAGUUAGUUCACAUUCAUUCACAUCAAGUGAACCGACGAAUAUUGAGUUAUAG